AAAAAAAAAACAACUGGGUAGUGCUCUCGUACAUAAUGUACAAAAAGUAAAUGAAUGCAAUUUAAAUAUACAUCAUUUAAAUAUUUUAGGGUAUACAGUACCGGCGUCCUGGCGCUGGCCGCCCUGGUUCAAAUCAAAAAAUGAAAAAUGAACGAAGCAAGAAUCUAAGCCUAUCCAGCAAACGAGCCAAUCCGGAAGUGUAGUGUAGCGAAGUGAAAUAGCGCUGCCGCCGUCAUCGAGAAGCAAAUAGGGCUGGCCGUUGUUCAAGCGAGCAGCUGGAACGCUAACAUUUAGUAGUGGCAAAUCAACAUCUCCCGUUAUAAUUUGGAAGUCGCGCUGUGGCUGCCGUCGCUUCUUCAGCCGCUGUGUUCCAGCAUCGAAAUGAGCUGCAGACGUGAUAGCGGCGGAAAGGAAGAGUGGCUAACGUUUGCUAACUCUUAACCAGCUGGACCGGACUCGAUCUUCCCCUCCAACAUGAGAGGCACACGGUUUUGUCGGAAGCGACAUUUAAGUGGCUGAUGGCGAAAGGAUAAUGUAGGAGUCUCAUUCCCUCAACCCAAAGUGACCCCAUUUUUCCCCGUUUUUGUCCAUCCUCAUCUAAUGGACUUGAUGCAUUCCACAGUAUUUUUAGUCUCCAGUUCUCCUCUUCAAAAGAAGAUAGGGUAACUCUUUAAUUUGGUAUGAUGUAAUCAGACAUCCUUAUCUUUCCAACACCGUUUCCCCACCGGAUCCGUAGGACUUUUCCCUGGCCGCAGUACCUGUUCCCUCGCUUUAUCCGUGUCCACGUUCAGCGUCCUUGGGCCAUGGUCCGAAAGAAAGAUUCACUUAUACUAUGCAGUGCUUUUCUAUUCGUCGCUUGGAACGCUUUGCUUUUACUUUACCUUUGGGGACGCCCGCCGAUCGGCCGCCUCGGGGAAGGCGGCGGCACCGAACCAGGAGGAAACGAGGAAUGGGGUCUCAUCAGGGGCAAAGGAAGCCGGAGCAACCUGGCGGGAGAGGUGAUCCGCUUGGCAGAGGAAGUUGAAAUUCAGCUGGAGACUCAGAAACAGCUGUUGAAACAGAUCGAAAGUCACAGGGCGGCGUGGUCGAAGCGGAAAGAUGUCGGAAAGAGAGAAAUCGCCGUGACCGAACGCGCCGUAUCGGAAGCCGUUCUCCGGCCGCCGAAGUCUUCGAAAGACCGCGCGGAUUCCCGGGAUCCGACUUUUAAACAAACUCAAAAGCCUUUCGCUUCGGUAGCACCGGACUCUAAGCGCCAGUCCGCUCCGGUGAAGAAAGACGGCGACGACGUGAAAACGUCGACUCUUGUCGUGACCCCGGAAGUCAUCAUUCCUAUCCUAGUUAUUGCUUGUGACAGAGUUACGGUGAAACGGAGUCUGGACAGGCUGAUCCAGUACCGUCCUUCUCAAGAACUCUAUCCCAUUAUUGUCAGCCAGGACUGCGGUCACGCCGAAACGGCCGGCGUCAUCGGUUCGUACGGCGAUCGGGUGACGCACAUAAAGCAGCCGGACCUUUCCGACAUCAGAGUUCGGCCGGAGCACCGCAAGUUCCAGGGCUACUACAAAAUUGCCAGGCAUUAUCGUUGGGCCCUUAACCAAGUAUUCAAGACUUUUUCACAGUCCACCGUCGUCAUCGUGGAGGAUGACCUUGAGGUGGCACCCGAUUUCUUUGAGUAUUUCCGUGCCAUGUACCCGAUCCUGCGGUCCGACCCGACCCUGUGGUGCGUAUCCGCCUGGAACGAUAACGGCAGAGACGCCUUGGUGGAUCCGUCCAGAGCCGGUCUUCUCCAUCGGACGGACUUCUUCCCCGGGCUGGGCUGGAUGCUGCUGAAAGAAGUGUGGGACGAGCUGGAACCCAAAUGGCCUUCCGCGUUCUGGGACGACUGGAUGCGUCUGCCCGAGCAGCGCAAGGACCGCUCGUGCAUUCGCCCGGAAAUCUCGCGGACCAUCACCUUUGGCCGAAAAGGCGUCAGUUUAGGUCAAUUCUUUGACCAGUAUCUACGCUAUAUUAGACUCAACACGGAAUUUGUGCCUUUUACCAAACGAGACUUCUCUCACUUGCUGAAAGAGAACUACGACGAAAAGUUCAUCAGAGAAGUGUACGGCGCCCCGCUGGUGAAGAUCGAGGAACUGCAACAGGGAGGAAGUUUAAGAGGACCCGGUCCGUACAGAGUCAAGUACUCCAGCAGGGAUAGUUUUAAAGUCCUCGCCCGCAAUUUGGGGGUGAUGGACGACUUGAAAUCGGGAGUCCCGAGGACAGGCUACAGGGGCGUCGUCAGUUUCCUGCACCGCGGUCGAAGGGUGUUCUUGGCUCCGCCGGAGGGUUGGACGCAAUAUGACGUCAGCUGGAGUUGAGACGCAUCCCUUCCGUUCGGGUCCCGGUUUUUCCACAAGGAAUUCCAACGGCGCACCGUUUGGACCGCGAGCUCGCCGGGAAGUUUGACGAAGGAGGGCGCUCGCUCGGGAUCGAGUAUUGUGAAAGAAAAGUUCCACGGCUUCAAAAGCUUUUGGCAAAGUGCCUUUCUUGUUCCGCCCGUUCAAAUGGGUUUGUUGUCGUAUUUUCUUAUAACUUAAAUAACCUGACAAAGCAGCUGUAAAUAAUGUUUGACAACUGACGAGCGAAAAAGCAUCUGGCAGGACGUGUCGGUGAAAAGAUAGCGCAAGCCAAAAAUCCUCAAAUUUAUCAUCCUGGCGAAGAUGUCAAAGUGCACAUACAGUGGUAUGAAAAAAUAUCUGAACCUUUUGGAAUUUCUCACAUUUCUGAAGAAAAUCACCAUAAAAUGUGAUCUGAUCUUUGUCAAAAUCACACGGAUGAAAACAAAAGUGCGCUUUAACUAAAACCACCCAAACAUUUAUAAGUUUUCAUAUUUUAAUGAGGAUAGUAUGCAAACAAUGCCAGAUGGGGGGGAAAAAAUAAGUAAGUGAACCAUCACAUUUAAUAUUUUCUUUUGUUGUCCCGCCCUCUGGCAGCAAUAACUUCAACCAGACGCUUCCUGUAACUGCAGAUCAGUCUGGCACAUUGAUCUUGGCCCAUUCUUCUCUGCAAAACUGCUGUAGGCCAGUCUGAUUCCUGGGAUGUUGGGCAGUAAUCACUGUCUUUCGGUCAUGCAACAGCAUCUCAAUGGGGUUCGAGUCUGAACUUUGACUUGGCCACUCCAGAACGUGUAUUUUGUUCUCCUGAAACCGUUCUGAAAUAGAUUUACUUCUGUGUUCGGAGGUGUUCCUGCAAAACAUCCUGCGUAACUUUUGAAUUCAUUCUUCCAUUAGUGAUUGCAAGUUGUCCUGGCCCGGAGGUAGCAAAACUUCCCCAAAUCAUGAUGCUCCCUCCACCAUACUUCACAGUGGGGAUAAGGUGCUGAUGGUGGUGAGUUGUUCCAUUUUUCCUCCACACAUGACGUUUUGUGUUACUCCCAGAUAAUUCAAUUUUGGUUUCAUCAGUCCACAAAAUAUUUUGCCAAAACAUCUGUGGAGUGUCCAAGUGCCUUUUUCCGAACGUUAAACGAGCAACAAUGUUAUUUUAGACGGCAAGCGGUGGCUUCCUCCGUGGAGUCCUCCUAGGAACACCAUUCUUGGCCAUAGUUUUACAUAUCGUUGAGGUAUUGGACUGUGCCAGUGAUUUCUGUAAGUCUUUAGCAGACACUCUAGGGUUCUUUUUUACCUCUCUAAGUAUUCUGCGCUGAACGCUUGGCGUCAUCUUUGGUGGACGGCCAGUCCUUGGGAGAGAAGCAUCAGUGCCAAACUCUCUCCAUUUGUAGACGACAACUCUGACUGUCGCAUGAUGAACAUCUAGACUUUUAGAUGUGGUUUUGUAUCCUUUCCCACCUUUAUAAAAAUCAACAAUCCUUGAUCGGAGGUCUUCAGACAGCUCUUUUGACAGUGCCACGAUGCACAUCAGACAAUGCUUCUCAUCUAGACAUUUCUUACCAGGUGUGUGUUUUAUAGUGGGCAGGGCAGCUUUAAACCACUCAUCAGUGAUUGGGCACAGACCUGUAUUACAAUGUGUGAUUUUGACACAGAUCAGAUCACAUUUGAUGGUGAUUUUAUGUAGAAAUGUGAGAAAUUCCAAAAGGUUCAGAUGCUUUUUCAUAGCACUGUAUGAGGUGAAAGAUGACAAAAAAGGAGCAGGUAUUUUCUUAAUCCAAUGAAAAUGAACCUGCAUAACCCUGUCAAGUCAUGAUAAAUAUAUAAGGCCCUAUCUCCUAAACCCAAAUAUUAUACAACUUGGCUACACCGUUUAGCAACAAUUGUCGUGAAAGUCGAGAUUACCAAUUAUUUUCAAAAACAUAAUAAACAGAAGUAUUUAUGUUGGUUACCUGAAAUUUGACCACUGUUGUCCUGAGGGCACUCCCUAAAGCAACAAAUCUAGCUAUGUUUGUUUUCUUUGACUUCGAACUGACUCUUAUUUAUAUGAUUCAUUUGCUAUCUAAAAAAUGUGGCAUUGUGUCACACAAAUUAAUGUUAACAGAAGUCGCGUUGUGAAAAAACAUUUGCUACAUUUCAUGAGACCGAGUAUGUUGGAUUAUUCCGUUUGGUGUAUGUAUUCAAGAUACUAUUAGAUGGACUGACAAUCUUGUUUUCAUGCGUUCGGUUUUAAAAGGUGUCCACUGUGUUUCGUUUCUCCCUGUGUAGCAUUCGAUCCAUUUCUCUUCCGCUUGAUUGUCAGCGUUAAUGAAUCGAAUUUCGACCGCUCGCGACAGUUGACGGAAUUUUGUCCGUCUAAAGAUAAGGAGGAAUUUUCAAGUUGUAUUUCAUCUUGAAACUUUUGCCGAGCAGAGUGACGUUUCAACUCGCGGCGGCCCCGAUUGGAGGCCGCUCGUCGUUUCCAUCCAAACAUUGUUUGGUUAACUUGGGUUUGUUGAAAAACCCAAAUGAUUGUCUUUUUUUUUUUUUUUGUCAAGAAAUCACCACUGUACUGUAUUAAUUAAGCCUCGGGAAGGUACCCGUGAUUGAUUGACAUCUCUGUGAAAUGAAACACUGCCGGAUGUGUUUAGAACUUUAAUACAUUAUAAAUAAAAUCAACUAUUUUGAUAUUUGUGUAAAUGUUGGAAACUGUCUUUGGUGUACUCGUGCUUGGUCCUGAAAGUAGCUGCGACAGCAAGGCCCGUAUCCUGCAAAACAAGGGAAGAGUUCACAGGCCUCGUGACGACGGCUUUCUGCCAUUGAGAAUUUGAUUAGUUACAAACAAGUCUUCUGUUGUGAGUGACCCACCGAAUCUACUGUCGCCAUCCAUUUUUCAUACUUGUCCUCGUGAGGCUUGCGUGUGAGCUGACGUCUGUCCCGGAUAACGUUGGUCAGAGGCAAGGUCGACCAAAGUAUAGACAUUCUCACUUGAAUUCAAUGUCAAAAGUGGAGCCAAUGUGCCCACUAUAACGGACAUUUUCUAAUUCUGCAUAAUUGUUGCUGACUUCUCCAUGAUCAUACUGUUCAAGGUGAAAAUAAAUGGUCUUUGAA